AUGAAUUUAAUUUGUUUAGUUUUUCUCGCAACUGUAACUGUUGUUUACGGUUUUAAUCAUUUCCAUCAACAACAACCUUCUUUUGGUAGAAUUGAAAGUCAUCAACAUUUCGGUGGUUCCAAUGAAAUCAACGGCAAUUUGGUGGAUUUGGAGGACUCAGUGGAUUCGGUGGUUUCAACGAGAGCAUCACAGACGACCUUUCCCUCCUCCACCACCACCUCCAUCUUUUGGUUUACCUCCUUUAUUCCUCCUUUCUUCCCUUUCCCACCACCACCACCUUCACCUCCAGUUCAUGGUUUCUUCCCGUUCUUCCCACCAAGACCACGACCUGUUCCUCCACCAGCUCCAACAUCUACCACUGCAGCUCCAACUUCUUCCACUACCUUGGCUCCAUCUUCCUCCACCGCUGCCCCAACAUCAACCACCACCUUAGCUCCUUCUUCCACCUCAGCCCCACCAUCUUCUUCAACCUCAGCUCCAUCUUCCUCCACCUCAGCCCCAACAUCAACCACUACCUUAGCUCCAUCUUCCAUUCCCUCAGUCCCAGCUACAGUCUCCUCAAUUAUUGUCUAAUAUUGAUUAACCUCAAAAGAUUAUAAUUGAUCGUUACAACUUUGGAUUAAAUUACCAAAGUUGAAACUAAAUAAACUUUAAAUUAAUCAGAGCAAAA